UCCGUUACGUGGCACUAUCUGCUCGCUCCCCGGCUACCUAGAGAGGUGACGCCUCCUUAAGGAGCGAGGCCCAUAUUCCACAGCUAACAUUUCGGCUUUCUGACAUCCCUGUCCCUUGUCAUCAUGUUGACUAUCUCGGAGCUGGUGGCUUUAGUUGCCUUCUUUUCCGCAACGGCCUCUGGUUACUUUGUGAGCAUCGACGCACACGCGGAAGAAUGUUUCUUUGAGCAGGUGUCGUCCGGAACAAAGAUGGGCCUCAUAUUCGAGGUGGCGGAGGGGGGAUUUUUGGACAUUGACGUGGAGAUCACUGGUCCAGACAAUAAAGGCAUAUAUAAAGGAGACAGAGAAUCUAGUGGGAAAUACACAUUUGCUGCUCACAUGGAUGGAAUUUACAAAUUUUGCUUUAGUAACAGAAUGUCAACGAUGACUCCUAAGAUAGUAAUGUUUACUAUCGACAUAGGAGAGGCACCCAAAGGCCAAGACAUGGAGACAGAAGGUGGAGAUACAUGGGAUGCCCAUCAGAACAAGCUAGAAGAGAUGAUCAAUGAACUAGCUGUGGCUAUGACAGCUGUGAAACAUGAGCAGGAAUACAUGGAAGUCCGAGAGAGAAUACACAGAGCAAUUAAUGACAACACGAACAGCAGAGUGGUGCUGUGGUCAUUUUUUGAGGCCCUUGUACUUGUUGCUAUGACACUUGGACAGAUCUAUUACCUGAAGAGAUUUUUUGAAGUUCGACGAGUGGUUUAAAUGUUUUUGGGGGUUUUCCGUCCUAGCUGAAGAGCUUAAACUCAUAACUUGAGUUUUGUUCUGAUUUUUUUUUAUUUUAUCUGACAACUUGGUAACAACAACUUCAUUAAACUUUCAAGACGUAGUUCCCUAAAGUUUGGAUAGAUUGUCUUCUGAAAUGCCCAGUAAAGAACCAAUAAGUUAUCUUGUAAUAUAUUUUCCUUCUCAAGAAAUGGCUCUAGAAAUUUGACAUGAAUUGGAAAGUUUCUAGUGUCUGUAAUGUGCUAUCUGGUCAUGUUGGAAAUCUAGCUGUACAUGUAUUAUAAUUAACCUGCAGUGAUGAAGUCCAUCCCAUGGGUGCAUCCAUCUUGAACACCUGCACAUUAUGAAGAAAAAGUACCUUUAAUCCCAAGGUUGGAGAGACCAGCUGAAUUCUUAAUGCUUUAAUGUAUAAGAACUACUCAAAUUACUUUGUCAUCUACUCCUGUAUUGCAGUUGUUUUAACGAAUGGACAGUCACCCAAGUCUCCUCACUUUCCUGACCAAGGGAUCAGAAGUAAAUGUUGAUGACUCCUUCUAGUAAAGUCUUUGAAGCCUUAUGCUGAGAGUCUGCUGUAAAUUAAGUUUUAACCCUCUUUUUGCAUUGGUUCUUGGUUUAAGAGAGAUGUAUGUUUCUUAUCCUGCUGCUGUCAAUCGCCAACACUGUGUGUAAACACUGGCUCCAGAUAAAUAAAAAGGUGCUGCUAUUUAUUCUUUCCAUGCAAAGCAUCUACAUAAAUCUACAAAAUGGGAGGGAAGAGAAUAAAUAAAAGCAGAAAACCUUAAAUAGCAUGAUGAUGAUGAUUUCUAACUGGCUUUAUAGACCUUUUUAGCACACAAGAUAUGUUUGCAAGUUAUACACCCUUUUACUUGGUCUUGUAUAGUGGUUUUAUCAAACCGGAAAAUCAGUUAUGUACAAAAAAACCUUGAUCCACUAAAAGACUGUAUGACCUGCAAACUAAUCUAAUUGUAUGAAACUGUUCGCUGAUACACAAGAUAGCUCACUUCUGUUUCAUUCACCAUUGUAUGCCAGAUUUCAGUCUUAUGUCUGUUCUACAUCAAAUACUUGUUAAAUUUUUCAAAUCUUAUUCCUUUCUUUUAAAUUUUGUUGUGCUUUAGGCCUUUGUGUUAAAGCCAUUGUGUGUGUGACGUAGCAGAAGGAUAAAUAACUGUGGUAAUCAAUUUUUAAUUUGCACCCCUGCUUUGCAGUUACAUUUUGCACAGAUGCGUUCACUGCUCAUUGCGCUCUUAAUUUUAUUUCCAUGUGAUUUUUUUAUUUUAUUUUUUGGUGCAAAACCAAGUUCAUUUACAACCAUGUGUUUUUCCUUAAAUUAUAGAUUUAAAGGAAACAUGGCUUCUGGUGUUGGUUCAUAAUUGAAUUAUUUAGUAAAUGAUGUAACUUUAGUUGCUUGUGGGAAGAAACAAAACUUGUUUUCUCACAGAAUUGGUCUUUACAAGCGACAAAACUGUUUUGUAUGAUUAACUUAAGUUUUCUUACAGGUUUUCAUGUUAAAAAAAAAAAGAGAACAUUUCCACCUUGGGCAAUGUUGUGCAGCAGCUUUAGGAAUAUUUUGGUGUUCUUUUGAAAGACUGUUGCCUGCCAAUUAUUGUUCAAAGAUCACCACUCAAAAUUGACUUCAAAGAUGUAAAUUUAAAAAGAUGCUUGUCUAAAUAUUACCCAGUUUCAGUGAAAAAUAAACACAUUGUUCUUUAAAAAAA